AUGGAAAUCAAGGCCGACGAUCUCGAGACACUCAAACGACUCGGAGAAGGAGCUGCCGGUACGGUGCGUAAAGUGUUACACAAGCCUACCCACUUAAUUAUGGCAAAAAAGGUGAGUAUCGCUCCAUUGGUCCUCCUCCCAUUUUUAUUUAUUUAUCCUCAUCAUGAUUCACAGUCUAUAUCCACGGAUCCUGAUCCAAGUGUACAACGUCAAAUCUUGCGAGAGCUCGCUUUCCUCAAAACAUGUGAUUCACCUUACAUCGUAUCCUUUUACGGUGCCUUUCUGGACGAUGGUGACAGUACCGUAUCACUUUGCAUGGAAUACUGUGAAGCCGGCAGUUUGGAAGAUAUUUACAAACGAGCAAGGGAUCUCGGCGGAGUCAUUGGUGAACCCGUUUUGGAACGUAUUGCGGAAUCGGUUUGUAAGGGUCUUGUGUAUCUUCAUAGUAAACGCGUCAUCCAUCGAGAUAUCAAACCUUCCAAUAUCCUUGUGACACGAAAGGGCGAGAUCAAACUUUGCGAUUUUGGCGUUUCUGGCGAACUCAUCAAUUCCAUUGCUCAAACAUUUACCGGCACUCAGUAUUAUAUGGCGGUAAGAAAUGCUUAUGCGGUCCAAUCUGAUAUUUGGUCUUUGGGUCUAACUCUUAUUGAAGUGUCUCAAAAUCGCCCGGCGUUACCCCCUCCCGGCCAACCUCAUCUCUCCAUCUUUGAACUUCUCGACUUUAUCGUACGACAACCGGUGCCUGUCAUCGAAGGCGGUCACAUCUCGGAAGAAUGCAGAAACUUUGUCGCUAUUUGCUUAACCAAAGACCCUCGAUAUCGUCCAGGACCAGGUCGCAUGUUGGAGCAUCCCUUUAUAAAGAAAUGGGAACAUGUACCGAUGGAUCUCGGUCAGUGGGUCAAAGAAGUAUGGAAUUGGAACUAA